GUGGAUUGUCAUGGGUGAAUCUCACGAUAAGGGCAAGGAGGAUGACCUAGCUAAUCGUCUCAAAGGUUUUUCUUUGUCGGCAGCUGAGGCCUUAGUCACAGACAUCGAGCAAGUUGAUAUCCGGCGAAGUGCAGAAGCAUGCCGACGUAGUCUGUUCGGAAAGGUGAUAGGUGACCGCCGUGCUAGCUGGAUUGGUAUAAAGAGGACGAUGAAUAAUAUAUGGAAGCUGCAAAAACCAAUGGACAUUAAGGAGCUGGAACCUAAUUAUUUUCAGUUCAUCUUCCAAAAUAGGGAAGACUUGGAAAAAGUUGUAAGCGGUACCAACUGGAUUUAUGACAACCAAUAUUUGAUUCUCCGUGAAUGGGAGCAAGGGCUAAAUAGCUUGCAUAAGGGAUUCAAUGAGUUGCUGCUCUGGGCACAGGUAACUAACCUUCCCCUUGACUGGCUUAGUGCUGAAGUUGGGCUUAAAAUAGGGAAGGCAUUCCCGGAUGUCAAGAAUGUUCUAGUUCAAAACAUAAGCCCCCAUGGUGGUAAGAUGUUAAAGCUUCUGGUUUCUAUCAACCUCGGUGAACCACUACCAAGAUGCACCAAUAUUAGGCUGGGGGAUCAAAUUGCUACAGUGGGGUUUCAAUAUGAGAGGCUGGUAAGUCUUUGCUAUUACUGUGGAGUCAUUGGACAUCUGGACAAAAGCUGCAAGAAAAGGCUUGAAGACAUCAAAAAUCAAGCUCUGAAAGAGGGGCAAUAUGGAGAUUGGCUCAAGACUGAAGAUAUCAUACCAGGGACUUAUGCUAGUCCUUCAAGUUCUAGACAAUCUCCAUUUACCAGUCAAGCUCCUGCAACAGCCAAUUCAAAUAAUCCAUCAAGUUCAACUGGGCAAAUCCCAGAAAGCCCUAUUCCCAUAUCAGCCAUGAAAAGUUUACAGGAGACAUGCCCACAAGAUACAGUAGACUCAUCCUCAGAGGUUCCUGAACUGCAUCCUUCAACUCAAUUGGUAUUAUCUGAUCUGGCCACUUCGAAUCAACAGCACUCUAUGGAGAUAGUGAACUCUGCUACUCCUAUCCAAGAAAAAGAUAAGCUAAUGGAGAUUGAACUCUCCCUCCCUUCCAUUUCAAACAUAACUCCUCAGAAGAUUACUUCAAUGCAGAAAGAGUCUUUUAGGACUCACCACCCAUUGUUUUUCUUUCUCUCUGAAACUAAAAAUAAUGGAACUUAUGUUAAGUCUGUUAGUAGGAAGCUGGGAUUCACAGACAGACACUAUAUUGUGGAUCCUAGAGGGCAAAGUGGUGGACUUCUAUUGCUCUGGCAUCAGGAUGUGAAUAUUAUCAAUGUGGUUUCUAAGGAUUUUUACAUUGCUGUCAACUAUUCUCUGAAUCAUGAGGAUCAAGGCUGGGGUGUAUUUGUUUAUAUGAGUACUGAUAAAAGAACCAGGGAAGCUCAGUGGAUGAUUUUGGAAGAAGAUAGAUACUCUUGGGGUGAAGUGUGGUUCUCAAUAGGAGAUUGGAACUCUAUCUGUGCCAAGGAAGGAAAAAAAAGGGGAAGACCCAGAAAAGAUAGAAGUUUUGAUGGCUUCAACAAAUUCAUCUCCAACAUGGAAAUGGAAGAGAUUGGUAUGGAAGGACACCAGUUUACAUGGGGGAACAACAGAGAUACUGAGGGAUAUGUUGAAGAGAAGCUGGACAGAGCAUUUGCUUCUUUUGAAUGGCUCAGUUCACACCCCAAUGCUAAAGUGCUUAAUGUGAUAAGAACAGCCUCAGAUCACUCUCUCCUUAUUCUUAAUGCUGGUUCUCAAGAAUCUAGAUGCAAGAGGAGAUUUGCCUUUGAUAGAAGAUGGAUUUCUAAAGAAGGAUUUGCUGAGGUAGUGCAGAAAGCCUGGUCCAUUCCUCAGUCUGGCACACCUUUCUUCAGACUCAAAGAAAAAGUGAAGCAGACAAGAAUUGCUCUUCUCAUAUGGAGCUCAAAAUUCAAAUCUCAAAACCAAGAAAAGAUUGCUGCUCUUUCUAAUAAGCUUGAGGAAAUCAGAGAAGCUGGUAGAGCAGAUAAUUGGGAGGAAUGGAAUUCAGUUUCAAAAGAACUUAAGGAUGCUUAUACCUAUGAGGAGAAAUUCUGGGCUCAGAAAGCAAGAGUACAGUGGCUAAAGGAGGGGGACUCUAACACUAAAUUUUUCCAUGCUUAUUCUAUGUCCAGAAGAAGGCAGAAUGCAAUCUCAAGACUUAUCACUGAUGCUAACAGAGUCUACUCUUCUAGAAGGGAUAUUGAAAAUCACAUUACCACUUACUACUCUUCAUUGUUCUCUUCAGAAGGUUCUUGGGGGGGAGAUUCCAUGUUGCACCUCAUUCCUCAAUCAAUCUCAUCAUCUGCAUUUUUCAGUAAAAACACCUCUCUUACUGCUCAGAAUCAAGUGUGUGCUAUUAUGGCUGGUAUUCAACUGCAUUCAUCUACCAGAUAUCUGGGCCUCCCUCUGGGGAUUGGCAGAUCAAAAUCAGAAGUGUUCUCUUAUGUCUUAGACUCAGUAAAAGCUAAACUGUGGAGUUGGAAGAAUAAGAUGAUCUCAGUUGUUGGCAAGGAG